GUAUAAUAGUUGCUUUUGCUGAUAUAAAUCGUAAUUAUUUGAUCUUGUUAGAAAUGUUAAAGUGUUCGUACAAACAACUAUAAAAAUGCAGAUACUCUCUUUCAAUUUCUUAUUAUUUACCAUAUGUGGUUUGUGGCAACCAAUCGAAUGGUCUUCGAAAUGCUCUAAGUUACUAUAUAAUGUGUUCACUUUUUUCACGGCAUAUCUAAUGUUGUAUUUGCUGCUUACUCACUUGCUGUAUAUCAUUCUUGUGGUCGAUAAUAUGGAAGACUUGGCCUCGUGUUCUUCUCUGUUUCUCUCAAUAAUUAAUGUAUUGUUCAAAGCAACUGUUGUUAUAAUCCGUCGCGAUCAAAUUAUCAAUUUGAUCGAAAUAUUGCAAAAGGAACCUUGCAAAGCCUGUGACAAGGAGGAGAUUGAUAUCCAGAUGAAAUUCGAUCGUUUAAUCAAGUUAGUAUAUUCAAAUGCUGACGCAAUUUUUGACAAUAUCAUAGUAAUUAAGUAA